UCUGUCGACUUUGUCCGUGUCUGUUGUUUGUAUUCCGUUCCGUGUUUGAAAGUUCAGCGGGAAUUAGGGUAAAUCACUUUUGCAUAAAGAAGUUGUAGUCUGUACGUUUAUGCACUUGAUUUCAUUUAAGGGGAAAUGAAUUUUUAUCGUAACGGAAAUGACAUCAAAGGUAUUUUAGUCUGUAAUGACAAAACCGUGGACGAUAUAAAAAGACAUGCUCAUUUAUUGACCGUGUUUCUUCGUGAGUCGUCGUUUUUGACGGAAGCUUAUAUUUUGGAUUAUUUUGUUGAUACACUUUGGAACCGACUUCCAUCUAGCUGGCUAGAAAUUGUUAAGGAUUUUGACCCUUAUGAUAUAGAAUCAUUUUUAAAUCCUAAAAGAAAUUUAAGAUAUCAACAACCUUGGCCUUUAAGUUUUCUGUCAUUUCGUGCCUGUGCCUUUGCAUUAGCUAUACCACGUGCAUCUAUAAAAUCAACUAAACCAAUUGAAAGAUUUCUACAAGAAAAUUUGGGUUCUCAAGUCGAAAAACUGCAAUUAAAUAUUACUGAAGAUAAUGAGUGGGAUCUUUCAUCAUCUGAAUUUGAAAACAAAUCUGGGCAGCACAAAAAAAUACCCGAAUUUUGCAGAAGACAUGUUAAACCUAAAAAGCAGCAUGAAAUAUUCCGCAUGGGACAGGUGGCCAACACUGUUUCAUGUGCCUUUGAUAUAAAUCAUGUUGUAGACAUUGGCUCCGGUCAAGGCCAUCUCUCAAGGCUGCUUGCAUUAUGUUAUAACUUAAAUGUAGCUACUAUUGAAGCAAAGGAGGAUCAUGUGUCUGGUGCCAUGAAUUUUGAUCAACAGGCAUUUAGCACUUUGAAACGCUUAAAGAAGCAUACUGUAGUCAAGGGUAAUGAAGAGGAGGAUUACACAUUACCACAUCAUCUGGAAGGUUCACUGACUCUGAAAUCUUCAAAAGAGUGCUUAGAAAAUAUUCUCAAAAAUGUUUGGUGCCAGAGUCCCUCUGAUGAUGGUAAGGAAAGAAUUGCAUUGCUUGGAUUACAUACCUGUGGUGACCUUGCUGCUACAAUUUUAAAAACUUUUACCAAAUGUGCCGAAUCCCACGUACUUUUUUCAGUUGGAUGCUGCUACAUGAAGCUCAAUUCAAAUACAGUUGAUGAAGGUUAUCCUCUGAGUUAUUUUGUGAGAUCUUUACCUCAUCACCAUUUGAGCUAUGAAGCUAGAGAAAUGGCAUGUCAUGCUUUAGAAAUGUAUCUUCAAAGGCUACAAGCUAAUGCACCAUCUUUGAAGAUUCAUUGUUAUCGAGCCACAUUGGAAAAAUGCAUAGUGCAUCAUUUUCCCCAACACAAACAUCUAGGCCUGAGAGGAGUAAAGCAUGCUGAACUUUUAGAAUUUUCUGAGUAUGCAGAAAGAGCCCUUAGUAAAGUAUCAUUCCAGAUACCAAAAACAUACUUUUUAUCACCUGAAGUGCAGUCAUGUUUGAAAGAUUGGAAAGGAGUGCUAAUAUUUUAUUCUCUGAGGUUGAUAAUUGCACCAAUAGUUGAGAGUCUUAUUUUAUUAGACAGGAUGCUUUAUUUAUAUGAACAAGGUUAUCCAAGCUGCAUUGCUCCAAUUUUUGAUCCAUCUAUAUCACCAAGAAAUCAUCUACUAAUAUCUGCUCGGAAAAAUUUUAUGAGAUAAUAAUUAAUACAUAUUUAGCUUAUAUAGAGAAUGUGGUCAUUAUAAAAAUUCCUUUUAUUUUAAAA